GAAAGGAAAGUGCACGUAUACUGCACUCCGUAUCUAUCGCGUCUAGAAGUGCCGCGGCCAGGCAGUGAUCCGCGUCCAUCCUGGUGGAGAGAAACGGGGGUCUCCAAUCUGAGAUUUUGCCUCCUCAAUAUCAUGAUCACCGAGCAGAAGCCGUCAAGUGAAGUGGCACCGACGUGCUCCAGUCCCUGACAAAACCCCCGCGGCGGCGGCGGCGGCCGGCCGGGUGGCCAUUUCCCAAGACCAAGGUGCAGCUAGCUAUCUGGGAUCUGAGUCGGCAUGCCGACCAACGUACUCCACCGCCGGUAUCCUCCCAUGCCUCCUGACGCUUGCUGCUCCCAAGCAUUGGGUCUCCAGGCCUCGCUGGCAUGAUGUCUGCAGACACGGGGGGCCAGUUGGGCGACCGCCCGCGCCGACUACUCAUGCAGCCCGGGUGUCUCGCCUCCCAUCCCAUGAGGAAUCUGGGCGAACCGAAUGCCUGGGCCUUUGCAUGCGCCGAGGAAAUCCCCGAGCAAAGCACGACACCCGACCCUUCUUUUCCACCCGGCCCGGGCCAUCCAUGCCUGAGCGGAUGGGGGGGGGGCGGCGAGCCUGAAAGACGGCCCAUACGAGGGUCGACUGGCGGUGGAGGUUGCGACGCGUCCACCGCGGUAAACGGAAUCUUUUUGUUAAUAUUUCAUUUGUAUUUUUCGCGUUUACGGCGCGUUCCUCUUCGUGGGCCCUCAACGACGCCUGCCGCGGAAGCCGACCAUAGUCGAGGGUGGUUGAGCAAGAAAACAGGAUGGAGCUGCGGCUGCAUGCCGAAUAUCCAGAUGACCAAUGCUCUUCUCAUCCUGAGUAGUGGUAGCCAGCCGGUUUCUCUCUCUCUCUGUCUCUUUCUCUUGGUUCUCUCCUCCUCGGUCUCAUUUUUCGGACUCAUCUGUUUCCGUGUUUUUGCAACACAUGGCCGCGGUAAUGGGCCUCGGGGAGGGUCCCAGCUAGCAUCCGGAGGACGACCGCCAGUGGCUCCAAGAUCUCCAGCGGAGGGUUGCAUGCAAGGCGGCCUGCUGCAUGAGUUCGAGAGGUACCACAGCUGUGGUGUAAUCUAUCCGAGUUUAUGUUGUAGUAUGUGAACGAGGCAUCUGAAGUGGUUUCCAAAACGGGCAGCGGAGGUUGCAUGGCUAGAGAGGAGGGACCAUGACCCAGGCUUGAGGUUACGGUGAUAGAUGGUGUUGUUCUUUGAGUUACUCGUUUCUAUGCCGCUUCGGUGAUGUC